GCUGCGCCAGCUGCGGCAGUCGGCCGCCGCGUCCCGCGGCCGCGGCGACGCCUCGUCCGAGGUGGAGACGGAACGGCGUCGCUGUCACCGGCUGCAGGUGGAGCUGGACCGGCUGUCUGAGAAUAAGGCGCAGCUCAUCAGCCGCCUGGAGCACGCCGAACGCGAGCUCGACCGCUGCGCCAAGAAGAACGAGGGCUGGUCCAAGCUCUGGGAGGAGAAGGUCGACCUCAUCCGCAAGCUGGAGACCCAGGUGAAGAUGGGAAGGUCCAUGAACGACGACAAGGUGGCGAACCUGCGACAGGAGCGCGACCGGGCCAUGGACCUGGCCAAGCAGGCCGCCAGGAAGCUGCAGACGCUGGACUCCGAGUAUCAGGCCAAGAUGGACGAGAUGCACGGCCUGUUCGAGGCACAGCUGGACGGCAUGCGCGCCUCCAAGGACCACGAGCUUCAGAAGAGCGCCGAACGGGUGCGCGAGAUCGAGGCCAUGCUGCGCGAGGUGUCGGCGGAGACUGCUGCCAGCCGAUCCUCGCUCGAGGACAAGAUGCGACGCAUCAACCUCAUCACAAAGUCGUUCGAGGCGUGACGCGCCGGCCGUGCCGUGCAGCGACAAAAUCGUGCAGUGUCGUGCCGUCAGGUCUGUCCCCUCCGCCGCUCUCACACCGACACACCGGUCGCCCCCGUCCCGCCGCGCCCUGCUCACAAAGCCGAGGUACACGCAGGGCAGGAAAAUAAAUCACUGGCGUCUGA